AUGUUAAAUCAAUUAUUUAAUAUAAUAGUUUAUGGACAGAAAUUUGUACCAGAAUCUCGAAUGUUACAUAUAGCAGUACUUAUUGAUAAUAAAAUAUAUUAUAUAGGAGGAGAUAAUCCUAAUAAAACAAAACAAAAUCCUGAAAGCGAUAUUUUUUAUCUUGAUGUUAAUUCGGAUACAGAAAGUUUUUUUACAUGGGUAGAUUUAAAAGUAAGAUUAUCACAGACUUCCUCUCAUACUGCCAAUGUCGGGGGCGUUAAUCAAGAUUCAAUAUAUAUUAUAGGAGGGGCGCAUUCGGAUGAAAAAAAUACAAAUUAUUUAUAUAAUUUGAUAUUAAAAUAA